UAUGCAAUCGAAAGGGGGUUCGAGGGAUUUGGCAACCUGGUGUUUCACUAAUAUUCUGGUCAUGUUGUGUGAAGAGCUGCUGCUUCUGUCUGACCCGGAAACUUAUUCCUCCGGUUUAUUGUUAGCCUUUCUGUAAAUUCAAAGUGUGUUUAUUUUAAAAAUGUUGUCUUCUACGUGGAAUUUUAUCAAGCGACAUAAAAGGAAAUUUAUUUUCGCCGGAGCUUUUGCUGGAGGUGUGUACUUGCUUGGGAAAUAUGCCCAAAGAAAACUCCAGGAGAUGCAGGAGCGGGAGACGGCGGAGUACAUCGCUCAGGCUCGAAGGCAGUUCCAUUUCGAGAGUAACCAGAGGACGUGUAACAUGACAGUCUUGUCCUUGCUCCCUACCCUGAGAGAGGCGAUUAUACACCACCUGAACUCGGAGAGUCUCACGGCACUGCUGAAGUCCAGGCCGGCUAACAAGAUUGAGAUUUGGGAGGACCUUAAGACAAUCAGUUUUACUCGCAGCAUUGUGGCUGUUUAUAGUACUUGCAUGCUGGUGGUGUUACUUCGUGUUCAGCUCAACAUCAUCGGUGGCUACUUGUACCUGGAUAACUCUGUAAUUAAAAAUGGAACGAUGCCUUUGGCUCCUCCUGAAGUCCAACAGAAAUAUCUGUCAAGUAUCCAGCACCUUCUGGGAGACGGGCUGAUUGAGCUGAUAACCGUGGUGAAGAAAGCAGUGCAAGAAAUCCUCGGCCCGAUCUCUUUGAAGCAGAGUCUGUCUCUGCAGGAACUCGAGCAGCACAUAAUUCAGAUCAGACAGCAAGUGGAGGAAAACUCGGGCACCAAAUUCAGACCGUUGUCCUGGUACAUGAUGCCUGAUGAGGAGAAGCCAUUAGCUGAUCAGGCUUGUGGUCUGACGGAGAAUGAUGUCACAACAAUAAAGCUACUAAAUGAAACCCGGGACAUGCUCGAGAACCCAGAUUUCACUACCAUACUCGGCGCUUGCCUGAACCGGGGCUUCAGCCAUUUUCUUGACAACAUGGCGGAGUUUUUUCGCCCCCCUCAAGGAGACGCCACCCCCAGCAGUACACCUGAUAGUCUCUUACAUGUAAGUCUCCCACUUGCCAAAAUAAUUCCUAUCGCUAAUGGACAGAUUCACUCGAUAUGCAGCGAAAUCCCCAGUCAGUUUGUUCAGGAUCUUUUAAUGACUCAACAAGUGAAAGAAUUUGCAGCCAAUGUUUAUGAAGCUUUCAGCAAUCCUCAUGAACUGCACAAGUAAACAUGGAGAUCAAGUUCCUGAAGCUCCGAACAGCAAUACAGCACAAUGUUCCCUUUAUCUUUUCAUUUCACAGGGGAAAACUUGGAUUCAGUGGAAAGGUGUGUCAUGAAUGACUUGCAGUUUUUCCCUGUAACCCUGGAUGGCUCCCCCCACAAAUUAUGGAGCUCGGUUUUCAUAACUUUUUUUUUUGUUUCCCCCCUUCCUAACUUGGUCAUCGUUUCCCGCCCAUCAGGCAGCUCUUCUGUAUAACACCAGAGGGCGAAACCUAUCACACGCUUCUUCCGAAGCCAGCCGACAGCCUCUUUUCGAGCCGCUGGUCCUGACACAUCGGCGGGGGUGACGUAACACACUUGGAGGAAGAAGCACCGCCCACUUCUACAUACACGAGCUUACAGAUGCACAUGAUUGGCUAGUGAUUGAUAGGGGAGAGACUCUCUGGCCUUUUUUUUUUAAUCCAUAUUUUCUUUACAGUUAAGAUGGAGAAUGACCCAGGGUCUUGCGAGCUCCUUAAAGACCCCAGGAAACCUAAUCUUGUUGUUUUUUGUUUGUUCCGUUUCGCCCUGUCCUAUCUCAGACGAACAGCAUUCCAUGCUCCUUUUUCAGCUCCAGAACUUGGCAUGGGGGUUGAUCCAGAACAUACGGACAUAUUGUGAUUGUGAAAAUGGUGGAUAAUUUUUGAUCGGCUGUGAUUUUUCUGUAUUUCUUAUCAAGAGGGCGCGCCGAGCAUGCUCAGUGUUUCAGACGCUAGUUUUUAGAUGGUAGGCACUGCAUGAGCCAGGAGUUAAACCUCAGUUAUUUUGGGUUUUGACCAAACUUGAAUUCAUUAAAUGGAUUGUAAUAAAUGUGGUUAACAGAAACAGCAAGUACGGUAGAAUGAACCAGGAGAGACUAACUGAAUCUUAACUUAUUGACACUAAUGAAGAAUAUUAAAAAAUAAAUGCAAA